GAACGAGAUCUGCGAGAGCACAGAGAGACUGCAAAGAAGAAAAAAAAAACAGAAUGUCUACGGGCGGUUCACGACGGCUGAGGCGCGAGGAUGCAGCAGCAGAGGCGAAUCCGUCUGCGGAGACGUCGGCCGCGUUGCUUGCGUCGGCGCGUAAACGACAGACGACGACGACGACGGCUCGGCGCGGUCUUGCGCCGGAGGUAGACACGCAGUCUGUGGUCUCGGAUGCUAGCGCGGGGAGUAAUAGCACGAGGCGGAGCGCGCGGAGGUUGAGGGGUGUAAGAGGAUCGGUGUCGCCUUCGCCUUCGCCUUCGCCUUCGGUAACUACUAGGGCUGCUGCGAGGAGGGAGGCGGAGAAGGCGCUCAGGGAGGGGAGUCCUAGUAUUCUGGACGAGGACGACAGAUCAAUGGUAUCAGACGAUGAUUAUACAAGGCCAGACGGAUCACGAGCACUCCGCAGAUCAGGCUCGGUCGAUUCAGAAAUAGUUUCAGACUACUCGUUCAGCGAAGAAGAGAAAGAGUACAAAAACCUCGAGAUCAGCCGACAAGAAGCAGAAACGCCGGAUGUGCGCCCGCCAGCAUCAUCAGCAGCGGCGGUGAACAAUCACCUUGCGUUUGUGAUUGCGCGGUUCAUUGCCAACUUUUAUCGACAAACGACCUCGGCCGAGCUCUUUGCGUAUCUCGGGGUGCUUUUGACGGGCGCGUGUGCAGUGGCUUUAGUCGCGGGGGUAGCGCUCUCGAGCAGGUCUGCCGGCGGGACAAGGCCCGUGAUUCCGGUUUUCGAACCGCCUGCGUCGGCGCCGAAGGACGCGUACGAGGCUAUGAUGCGGCUGCUUGAUCUCGAGACGAAUCUGGAUAUGAUGAGCGCUGCGUUUGGCAGUAUCCAGGCUGACUACUUGAAGUAUUAUGCGGAAAAGAGUGAGCGGUUUGAUGCGUUUGAAAGCGAGGUUGGUGCUGCUAUGACGGCGCAGUCUGGGCGGUUUGAGACGCUGUAUGAAGAGACUGCUGCUGCUGCUGGGGAUACCGAAGCGGCUUUUGGCAGACUUGAUGAGUCGUUGAAGAAGGUGCUGCAGCAGUACGAGGGUAUGCAGAGCGACAUCAGCAAACUGUCGUACCACCUCACCGACAUCAGCGAGACGACAGACGCCGAGUUUGCAGACUACACCGACAAGCUGGAGACGGUCUACACGAGGCUCGACAGCAUGAAGUCGUCGAUCGGGCAGGUCAAAGACCGGCUUGACGGGCAGGAACUCGAGAUUGGGAAUCUGGCCACGAGCGUCUCGGCGCGGUCGGACAGGAUGGACGGGAAACUUGCGAAAAUGGUGGAUGCCGCGCAGGAGACGGCGGUGCAGGCGAUCGAGCGCUUGCUGCCGGAGAGGGUACCCGUGCGGGUGCAGGAUAACGGCGAGUUGGCGGUCGACCCGUCGUUUUACAAGUACCUGCAAGCCGCGUUUGCGACGCAAGAGGAGGCGAAGGAGGCGUGUGCGCAAGCGGAGGAAACUAAGCACACGGUGCUGGAGAAGCUCGCGUUUUGGAAGAGACGGGAGCAGGGAGCAGACCGGACAGAGCAGCAGCAGCAGCGUCGGCAGCAGAGUACACUACCCCGACGAGAUCUGACGUGGAGCGAGUUUCUGGAGAAAAACGAAAAGUCGCUGCAGACGUACAUUGAUCGCGAGUAUCGAGGGUGGAUCGGGCAACUUGACGAGCGGGAGAUUUUUGUCGACAAGGACACGGUCGUUGACGUAAUCCGGAAGGAGAUGGAUAAAGUGAAGAGCGAGACUGCGCGGCGGCUGCGCGAGUCUGAGCAAGAGCUGGACGAAGUCGUGCAGGAGAAGAUUCCCAAGACGAAGCGCAACGCGCAGAUUCUCGCGGACGCGUCUGCGGCGGCGGCGGCGGGACAGCCGGUGACGAAGGGGUCGGCGAAUCUGACGCAGACGGCGGUGGAGACGCUUGUCGAGGAGGUGCUGCAGCGGUACCAUGAUGGGCUGGAGAUGAAGGUUGAUUACGCGGAUGUGGCGCGCGACGCGAGGGUUAAUCCGUUUGUUACGAGUCCUACGUUUAUCGUCGGCGGCAAGGCGGAGAGAUCGCUGAUGAGUCUGGUAUGGAGCCAGAUCAGGCAAAUGGGCGAGGAGUAUAACCCAGAGCUGACGUCGGGCGAUUGCUGGCCGUUUGAGGGAACGAGCGGCGUGCUCGGGAUUCGCCUUGCGAGUCCCAUUUUCCUGACCGAGGUCGCGAUCAAGCAUGUCCCGUUCGGAAGUCCUGUCGCGCCAAAGGAUUUCGAGGUAUGGGCAGAAAUCAAAGACGACGAAGAACGAGCCGCGCUGCAGCAGAAAUUACAUGACCUCGACGUAUUUUCCCGCCCUUGCGAUGACGACGACGAGGACUGUAUACCCGAACAACUCAGCAAGGACUCAUCCGUCCUGCUCUCGCUCGACGCCCCGAACUUCAUCAAACUCGGCCGGUUCAGAUACGAAAACAACGGCCCGCUACAUCUCCAGAGCUUCCGAUUCCCGGCCGCGGCCGCGCAGUCGCUGAGACGGGUGCCGGUCUCGAACGUGGUUUUCAAGUUUGAUUCGAAUUGGGGGGAUCCGGAUGCGACGUGUGUUUACAAGACGUUGGUGCAUGGCGUGCCUUUGUAUGAGUAGUCUUUUUUCUGGUUUUCUUUUUGAGAUGUGAGAGGUGGUG